ACUAUACAUCGUUCCCAAAUUCUUUUCUAUAAAACCUAUCUCAACCCCUCCCCUGUUCUGUCCAUUGUCUUCUUGUCGACUCUACAGCUUCGGCGGUUUCGCAUUUUUUAAAGUCUUUUGUUUACUCUUCUCCUUUUCGUUUUACACCACAACUGUUUUUAAAAUAUAGUGGCAUAGAUUGAGGUAGAUCGCCGGAAUCUCAUCUUCGACGGCUGAGUUGAAAAGGGUUUGUCCUGAAGAAGCUUCCUACGAUUCUCUCUUUAGGUGUACGGUAGUUUGUCUGGUGAUCUGAUUCUUGGACUGGAUGUGAAAUGCAAAGAUCACGGAGAGCUCUUCUGCUUAGAAGAAGAGCUUCUGAGAGUGCUUCUAAUGGAAGGAACCGCCUGUACAAAGUUUCCUUGUCUCUCGUUUUUCUCAUUUGGGGUCUUCUCUUGUUAUCUACUCUGUGGAUCAGCCAUGGAAAUCGCCACAAAGGUGAUCCAGAUGAUGUUAGUGCAAAUGAGACAGCUGGACAUGUUGAUGCAUCGUCACUAGACUCUACUUUUGUUCAUUCUACUCUUGCUGAAAGAAUCAAAGACGUGCACAUUAUAUCGAAGCAUGUAGACGUCGAUAACACAGUUGCAGCAAAUGUUAUAGAAAGCAAAGACAGUGGCUUUGAGAAGCAAAUUGAGAUGAUUAAUAAUAACUCAGGUCCAGCGAAUGACACAGAGACCAAUGCUUCAAAGCUUGAUCAACUCUCUCGUGCUGUUCCGUUUGGCCUUGAUGAGUUCAAGAGCAGGGCGUCCAACUCCAGAGACAAAUCUUUGUCUAGUCAAGUCAGCGGCGUGACUCACAGGAUGGAGCCUGGUGGGAAAGAGUACAACUACGCAGCAGCCUCAAAAGGAGCUAAGGUCUUGUCUUCUAACAAGGAAGCAAAAGGAGCUACAAGCAUUAUAAGUCGGGACAAAGACAAGUACCUACGGAACCCGUGUUCAACUGAAGAGAAGUUUGUUGUCAUAGAACUUUCAGAAGAAACGUUGGUGAACACAAUCAAGAUUGCAAAUUUCGAGCAUUACUCUUCCAAUCUCAAGGAGUUUGAGAUUCUUGGAACGUUGGUUUAUCCUACUGAUACUUGGGUUCAUCUAGGGAACUUCACAGCUUUAAACAUGAAGAACGAGCAGAAUUUUACUCUCGGUGAUCCACAGUGGGUGAGAUAUCUAAAGCUAAGCUUCUUAAGCCAUUAUGGUUCGGAGUUUUACUGCACCUUGAGUUUACUAGAAGUCUAUGGAGUGGACGCUGUGGAGCGAAUGUUGGAGGAUCUGAUAUCUAUCCAAGACAAAAACGUAGUGAGACCUCAAGAAGAGCAGAAAGAGAAGAAGGAGAGCGAUGAAGACAGAAGUAUACAAAAGGAGAAGGAAGAAGAAACCUCACCAGAGAAUAUGGUUCAGGUAUCGAAUGGGAAAAAAAAGCCACCAGAUCUGGUGGAAGAGAUAAAACAUCAUCAACCAGGGAGCAGGAUGCCAGGGGACACUGUGUUGAAGAUACUGAUGCAGAAGAUUAGGUCACUGGACUUGAGCUUGUCAGUGCUGGAGAGUUACUUGGAGGAAAUGGGUUCUAAAUAUGGAAAGAUAUUCAAAGAGAUGGAUAAGGAGUCGAGCAAGAAAGAGGAGGAGGAGGCAAAAAUGAGGCUAAGGGUAGAGGGAAUGAAGGAGAGUGAAGAGAAGAUGAAAAAGGAGGCAACGAGGAUGAGAGAGUGGCGAAUGAGAGUAGAGAGAGAGAUUGAGAAGGGUGAGAAGGAGAAAGAGAAAGUGAACGAGAGGUUGGAGCAAGUGUUGGAAAGAAUGGAGUGGAUGGAGAAGAAAUGUGUGACUGUGUUCACCAUUUGUGUUGGGUUUGGGGCUAUCGCGGUUGUAGCUGUGGUUCUCGGGAAGGGAACAUGUCGAGCAGAGACUGGUAGCUUGGCUUGGCUGGUGCUGUUGAUAAGCUCUAUAUUUGUUAUGUUCGUUUUGUCUCUUUGAACUUCUCAGUUUUGAUCUUUUAGUUUUUACUGUAGAGAAGGUAGUUGCGACUUUUUAUACAUAAUAAAAUAUGGGAAAAUUGGCACAGGUA